AGCAAUCCAAACAACCCUCAUAAGAAAAUUUGCCAAUGGCUUUUCUCUUGGGUUCGUUGAAAACAAGCCAUUAUCAUCAACAACUCCUACUACUUCACUAGCUUCUUCUUUGGUGAAUUCCACAAAGAUCCACUCCCCAAAAGUGUCUCUAAAGUCCAGUUUUUUAAUGCAAAAAACGUGAAAAUUAUUGAAACUUGAAGGAAAACAAAGAUCCCUUCGAUCCAUGGUGGAUACUCAGUGAAGAUGUCAUGGGAUGUUCCUCCUCCCUCUGUCAAAUUAAUCAUUAAUUAUUGUAACAAAUGUUUCGAUGUAACAGUUGACUGAUACAGUUAUAGAGCAUGUGGGGUACAAAGUGGGACAGGCAAUUCAGAAACGUUGUCAUCUUGUACGGGCAGUUGAUGUAAGGUUGUGUCUUAGAGGUGGAGAGAUGGAGAAAGGCCCAAGGAUUAGAAAGGUUGAGGAAGAUUAAGGACAAGGAAUCCGAUCAUGGUAGACACAUGAAAGGAUUUAAUAAGUUGAAGGUCGGUUAGGAAGCAAUGUCACAAGUGGUGGGGAGUGAUGCAGAUACAGUUUCACAGCGAAAAGAUGACGACAAUCUUGAUGAGGUUGUUCGAACAGGUUACUUUGACAUGCCACCUCUGACUGUAGAUGAAGCAAUUGAGCAGCUGGAAAAUGUAGAUCAUGCCUUCUAUGGUUUCAGGAAUGAAGAAACUGUUGACUGAUACUGUAAAAGAGCAUGUGGAGGACAAAGUAGGAAAGGCAAAUUUAGUCAUCUUGUAAGGGAAGUUGAUGCAAGGUUGUCAGUUAGAGGUGGAGAGUUGGGGAAAGGUCCAAGGAUUAGAAAAUGUUACUUUGUUUACUAAGAGGCAUGGAGUGGUGAGGGCAGAGGAAGAUUCUGAGACAAUCUAUGCAACUAUUGAUUUGGUGUCGUCAAUUAUUCAAAGUAAGUUGAGGAAGAUAAAGGAGGAGUCUGAUCAUGGUAGACACAUGAAAGGGCUUAAUAGGUUGAAGAUUAGGGAGCCAAUGCCACAAGUGGUGGAGGAUGAUGCAGAUGCAGUUUCACGGAAAGAAGAUGAUGACUAUCUUGAUGAGGCUGUUCACACAAAGUACUUUGACAUGCCACCUCUGACUGUCGAUGAAGCAAUUGUGCGGCUGGGAAAUGUGGAUCAUGCCUUCUACGGUUUCGGGCAUGCUGAAGGGGAAAGAUACAGAAUUUGAGAUCAAGUGAACUCAAACUAAUGAGAUGUAUUAACAUGCUUGUAUGAGUUCUUAGUUUAUGGAAAAUCAGAGCCACCAUUAUGUUGGCGUCCAAACUUACCGGGAUGAGAAAAAAGAAUUUUGGAAUCACUAUUCAGUUUAUAUUAGAUCGAAACUUCUGUUCAUGUGGUGUCUAGUAUUGACCCGUUCCCAUGUCCCUUGGAUUUUCGCUGUAUUUUCUGUUUAGAAAUUCAGCUGUUUUUCCUCUUAUGAUGUCAUUCUUUUUUCCUGCUUUCUCCCCUCAUAUGAUAUCAUGUUCUGCUUAUUCUGUGUCAUGUUAGGUUUUUCAAAUUUCUAAGGUGAGCUGCAAGAUGCAAGCCUAUGCUGAAGAAACAAGAGGACAGUUGCCCUACAUGAAUGGCAAAGGGGGUGAUUGUUGGGUUUGUUGCCAUUAAUGUGCAGCAAAUGGACGGCACCAACCAUUGACUAUUCGCAGCCACCAUUGUUGAAGGUGAGCUGGAGUUGGUGGCCACCAUUGUUGACAAAAGAACAAGUGGAGCAGCACCAUGGAUGCCUAUAAAGAGGCAUGAUUUUAGAGAGUAAACAGAUGAGAGUGGUGAGUGUGUGCAAGAGAGUAGAGAAAAAGUGAAGGGCUGUAAUGGCAGCAGCCUUGCUGCCAUUGCAGCAGCUGCAAGUGCAGCAAAAAGAGCUGGGAAUAGAGUAGAGUGAAGUGAUCCUCCUCCUCCAUGUAUUUGUAUUGUAUCAUUUCUCUAAUCUCUAAUAAUAUGGACUCUCUCCCGUGGAUGUAGGCGAUUUGCCGAACCAAGUUAAAUAUUAUGUCUCAGUGUG